AAAGUAAAACAAAUAGAAAAAGUUAGAGCCACAGUACUCUCUUCAGAAAAAGAGAGGAUCCGAGGGAAGGAGUGUCCGAGAAAUCAAACGAAACUCAUACGGCGCGGUGAACUUGAGAAUAUUCCAAUUUUAUUAUUAAUUAAUCUCUGAUUAAUUAGCGUCACAGUUUAAUUAGCAUCACAGUUACAAAUCCAGUUUCAUAAUCUCCAAGAAAGAGUAUAAUAUAAUAGCUUAUAGCUAUAACUGCAAGCAACUAUUAGCUAUUAUCGUUACGCCGCGAUGAAUAACGAAAAGGAGAAAACCGUUUCUUCAUCCUCUUCUUCCUCCUUUACCUUAUCCAAAGGUAUUAAUGGCCUCGAGAAAGUUGUUCUUCGUGAAGCUCGUGGUUCAUCCGCAGAGGUUUACCUUUACGGUGGUCACGUGACUUCUUGGAAGAAUGAACAUGCAGAUGAAUUGCUUUUUCUCAGUAGUAAGGCUAUCUUUAAGCCACCUAAGGCUAUUCGUGGAGGGAUUCCAAUAUGCUUUCCACAAUUUGCAAACCAUGGACCCCUGGAAUCACAUGGAUUUGCUAGAAAUCGGUUUUGGACCAUUGAAGAUGAUCCUCCUCCUUUUCCAACAAAUAAUUUGAGCAAAGCCUUUGUUGAUUUGAUUCUUAAACCCUCUGAAGAAGACUUGAAAAUCUGGAAUCACAGUUUUGAGUACCGUCUGAGGGUAGCUUUGGGACCCGCAGGAGAUUUGAUGUUGACUUCCCGGAUUCGGAACACAAACAGUGAUGGAAAGCCAUUUUCGUUCACCUUUGCUUAUCAUACAUAUCUAUCUGUAUCAGACAUAAGUGAAGUUCGGGUUGAGGGAUUAGAGACCCUGGAUUAUCUUGACAACUUGCAGAACAAGGAGCGUUUUACUGAACAGGGGGAUGCUUUGACGUUUGAAUCAGAAGUUGACAAGAUAUAUCUUAGUACUCCAACAAAGAUUGCAAUUAUUGAUCACGAAAAAAAGAGGACAUUUGUUUUGCGUAAAGAUGGCAUUCCUGAUGCUGUGGUGUGGAAUCCUUGGGAUAAGAAAGCAAAGGCUAUGGCUGAUUUCGGCGAUGAUGAGUACAAGCAUAUGCUUUGUGUAGAGGCUGCUGCUAUUGAAAAGUCUAUCACUUUGAAACCUGGAGAAGAAUGGAAAGGAAGACUAGAGCUUUCAGCUGUUCCAUCUAGUUACUGUAGUGGGCAGCUCGAUCCCCAGAAAGUUCUUCAGGGCAGCUGAAAGAUCAUUGUUGCAUUCUGUGUCCUGUACAGGUAGCCUGUUGCAAAAUUUACGGAAGAUGAAAGGAAAAUUUCCCAGUAAUUUUGCCCCUAGAUGUUCCUUCUGUUUUGGAAAGAUGAACUCAUGUUGGUUAGGAUUUUAUGAACUGUUGUUUUUUUCCCCUUAUAAUGGAUGACUAGUUUGGUCAUGACAAAUCUGAACAAAGAAUAUGAUCAGACGGGUCCACUGUUGCCAUGGAAAAACGAAAUUACAGCCUACAAUUUAACAGAUUUUCACGUUGAGUUGAAUGGCCUAUACCCAGAGGGAUUCAUUUUGAAUCCAAGUGGUAUUUUGGAUUCUUAAAUCCCUACAUUUGUUUACUAUGUUGGUGGAGUACUACUUCCUUAAAGAAUAAUAUUAAAGGAAUGUAUGACAGAUUCGUUGACCAGUUAUAUCAAAUAUUUGUGGGCUGUUUUUGUUGUUA